CUGAAAACUUUGGCAUGCAAAAUUAUAAAAGCAAACGGUUACGCCAACGUCUCCCUCUUUAUCUCGCUUCCUUGUAUCUCCCAAAAGAAAUGAAGGCGUCUUUGAAAGGCAGAUACACGAAUGACCAGAGCACCUCCGUCGUUACUCUCGCUGUCAACGCCGGUGACGUCAAGUUACUCGCCUCCAUGAGUGAUGCCACAAUUGUCAAAGGUCCCAGGCUCAACAAUCUUACAUUAACCGUCGAAAAACCAGGCACCUUCAUAAUCGACUAUGAUGUCCCCAAGAAGGAUUUUCGGUUUCAGUUUAUGAACUUGAUCUGGGUUGCGGAUAAACCGUUGAAGCUUAUUUACAAUCACGACCAUGGGGGUAACCAGACGGUAAUGGACGGGGCAUUGGUUUUGGAUUCAACGAACAAAGUGUCGGCUAAUUACAUGUUCGGUACGAGGAACUUGAAGGUCAAAUAUAGUUACGUGCAUGGAGGAGUUUCAGUUUACGAGCCAUGUUAUGAUUUGGGAAAGAAUGCGUGGGAUUUUUCUGUUUCGAGGAGAGUAUUCGACGAUGUUUUUAAGGCAACUUAUCAUUCAUGGACUCGAGAUUUUGCUUUGGAGUGGUCCAGAAAUUCAAACUUUAAUGGCACCUUUAAGAUUUCAGCAACCAUCAACAUGGAUGUAGAAUCAAAGGUGCCUAAAAUAUUUGCAGAGAGUACUUGGGAUAUGGAAAUGUGAUUUUGUUGUUUAUCAGUCUUUUAUCCAUUUUGCAUGUUUUGAAUUAUAUAUUUUUCCGGACAAACUGAUUUCAUGUUGGAGACGAAAUCAAAUAGGAAAUAAA